CCCAGCUGCUCCUCGACUUUCUCGCGGACGCACUCUCCUGUUCACCCCCACCCCAUUCCGAUACCCAAUUACUACUCCGUUUCUAGUUCAAAAUGAGAGAAGUUAUCAGUCUGAACGUCGGCCAGGCCGGUUGCCAGAUUGCAAACUCUUGCUGGGAGCUCUACUGCCUCGAGCACGGCAUCCAGCCCGAUGGCUACCUCACUGAGGAGCGCAAGGCCGUCAACGACGACCACGGCUUCAGCACCUUCUUCUCGGAGACGGGCCAGGGCAAGUAUGUCCCCCGUACCAUCUACGCCGAUCUCGAGCCCAAUGUCGUCGAUGAGGUGCGCACCGGUGCCUACCGCUCCCUCUUCCACCCCGAGCAGAUGAUCACAGGCAAGGAGGAUGCCUCGAACAACUACGCCCGUGGCCACUACACCGUCGGCAAGGAGCUCAUUGACCAGGUCCUCGACAAGGUCCGCCGCGUUGCCGACAACUGCGCCGGUCUGCAGGGUUUCCUCGUCUUCCACUCGUUCGGCGGUGGAACCGGUUCCGGUUUUGGCGCCCUGCUCAUGGAGCGUCUGUCGGUCGACUAUGGCAAGAAGUGCAAGCUCGAGUUCUGCGUCUACCCAGCGCCCCAGGUCGCCACAUCGGUCGUCGAGCCAUACAACUCGAUCCUCACCACGCACACGACGCUCGAGCACUCCGACUGCAGCUUCAUGGUCGACAACGAGGCCAUCUACGACAUCUGCCGAAGGAACCUUGGCAUUGAGCGCCCCAACUACGAGAACCUGAACCGUCUGAUUGCUCAGGUCGUCUCCUCCAUCACCGCCUCCCUGCGAUUCGACGGUUCCCUCAACGUCGACCUGAACGAGUUCCAGACCAACUUGGUCCCCUACCCUCGUAUCCACUUCCCUCUCGUUGCCUACGCCCCCGUCAUCUCCGCCGCCAAGGCCGCGCACGAGGCCAACUCGGUCAACGAGAUCACCAACGCCUGCUUCGAGCCAAACAACCAGAUGGUCAAGUGCGACCCUCGCAACGGAAAGUACAUGGCCACGUGCCUGCUGUACCGUGGUGACGUUGUCCCCAAGGACACACACGCCGCCAUUGCCCAGGUCAAGACCAAGCGCACCGUUCAGUUCGUUGACUGGUGCCCGACUGGUUUCAAGGUUGGUAUCUGCUACCAGCCUCCUCAGAACGUCCCCAACGGCGACCUCGCCUCGGUCAACCGCGCCGUCUGCAUGUUGUCCAACACCACAGCCAUUAGCGAGGCUUGGUCCGCUCUUUCGCACAAGUUCGACCUCAUGUACAGCAAGCGUGCCUUUGUCCACUGGUACGUUGGUGAGGGUAUGGAGGAAGGUGAAUUCUCCGAGGCUCGUGAGGAUCUCGCUGCUCUUGAGCGCGAUUACGAGGAGGUUGCCGCCGACAGCCUGGGCGACGACGAGGAGGGUGUCGAGGCAGAGUACUAAGAUGUCUUGCUUUGCAUUGUUGAUGGGCAUGUUCCUUGUUCGAAGCGCCUGCUUUUGUUUUCUUCUCACCCGACACAAGCGAGCAUAGACCACUUUGACAUUGACAAGCACUCGACUUUUGACGAGAGCUGCUAGCGUGCGCUCUCGAGACAUCAAGCAAUUUGGGUUCAAUUGCCCUCUUUCUAUGUUACUACCUUUAGUAAUGGCCAAUAAAUUGUUCAAUGGCAUCUUUACUCUUUG